AUGUUUGAUAACAUCGAGGAGUUACGCUCAGAAGAUAAUUAUCAAAAGCAUGAGGCUACUUUGAAAACCAUACGCAAUGAAAUUGAGAAGUUGAGAUCGGAUCUAGACGAUCUAAAGCACAAAGCUACCGCCGAGUCAAUAUCCUCGUUGGACCUUUCUGUAACGCAGAAUGUUUUCUCCGUCGAGACGGUAGAGAACAAUGCUCUUUGGCGCUGGCUUUUCGAGAAUAAACAAUUCAAAAGUUGGAAGGUGCCUCAUCAGUCUGCUUCCCCUAGAUUCUUUGGCUUGUCAGGAGCACCUGGUGCGGGCAAAACCUUUCUGGCAACUACGGUCGUCCGUCACUUCCAAACGCAAGAGACAUCGCAAGCGGUUGGUGUGGCUUUCGUGCAUUUUGACUAUCGAGACCGAAAGUCCCAAACAUUUGAAAACGUAAUGAAACGCCUCAUCCAGCAGCUGACGAAGAGCCUUGAAAGAGAUUCUGGAGAUUCUAGUCUUCUUCAUAUGAAGAACGAGUCUGCGAGAAGUCGCCCCCAAGUGGAGCACUUCUUGGAAAUACUGAACGUCGUCACCGAAAGCUUUUCGGACGUGCGUAUUGUCAUCGACGCUCUAGAUGAGUGUGAUCAGACUAUGAGAAAGAUAUUUGUCAAAAUGCUCCAAAGUCUGCCUGCAAAGUAUCGAAUAUUCUGUACUUCUCGAUAUCUCGGCGAAGUGGACGAAAUAUAUUCGGAGUGGUCUUGGCUAGAUGUCAGUGCUACCAAGGAAUAUGUACGCUCCUAUGUAGAGCUACAGGUCAAGUCAUCUCCAAGGCUACAAAACUAUUUUCACGCAGCCCGUGAUCUUGAAGGAAUUAUUUGUGACCAGGUGACUAAGAACUCGCAAGGAUUACUCGCACUUGCAAACUCUUCUGUCUGUUUUCUCGAGGCUACGACGAGCGUGAAAAGUCUUCGUAAAGCGAUAAUUGUGCUACCCACGCAUAUCAAAGAAUUGUACGACCACACCAUGACGAGAAUCAGAAAACAGCCUGCAAAUCAGUCUAGACUAGCCAUCACAAUCCUGUCGUGGCUGACUUUGGCGACGAAGACGCUCACCGUUGGCGUGAUCAACAAUGCAAUUGCUGCCAUGGACUUGGAGAUUGGAGACACGUCACUUGAUAAAGACUCUUUUGUAGAUGAAGCGGAAAUGAUCAACGUAUGCUGCGGACUUGUGAGAAUCGAUCAAGAAACCAAAGUCAUCAGGUUCGCUCAUGGUACCAUUGAAAGAUUCUUCUACGAUGAAUGGCAGAGAACCAUCCCGAACGCAGCAAAAGACAUUUUGAACGCCAGGGAUAAUAUUUUGCUUUGUGACUCUACGGUCGACAGAGCCAAGGCUGAAUUGAUGGAUUGUAUACCAUCAGAUCCAGUCCCUUCUGAGGAUUCUAAAUGA